UCAGUGAAUUGAAGCAAACUUCCUCUGAAUGCAAGUCACAAAAUAUAUUAUGAGAAGUUCAGUUCCAAGGUCAAAGCCAUUAGUGUUCGUUCAGGGGAGAUUUGCUUUGAAGUCUUUAAAACCAUUAAGACACAACAAACAAUGAAAACAGUUUUGCAUGUGAUGUGCCUGCAACCCCCUUAAGCAUGCGGGGCUAAUUGACUUUUUAAUGGAACCCAUAGGCCUGAUUGUAGCCUCCACACCUUGUGGUGUCCGUCAACUUGUCUGCAGCAGCCCAGCUGUUCUCCCACAGGAAACAGUCGACAUCAUCCCCCCUGUGGACCAAUCCAGCCUUUCCAUGCGCCAAUCACAUUGCGCCUUUAACCGGGAGCAGAUGCGCCGCGCAGCCUCUCCGUGCGCACCGAUCCAAACUCCGCCGGACAACUGUGGAGCUGCGCAACUGCGACACAACCGCGCACUCGGGAGGCUGAGCUCGGUCCGACAGGAGCUCGAGAGCAGAGAAACUUUUCUUGGAUAAACGUGUUUUUUCUCGGGAUCCGCAGAGAUUCAACAACAACCGGGACCCCGACAAGUAAAUGGGACAACGACCAUCGCGACAACUUGCAUCGCUCCAGCUGCGCGCGCGGUUCAGUUUGGCCAACUUUGUGCUGUAGCCCCCCCAUCCGAGCAGCCUCAGUCCGAGCGGCAGCAGCAGCAGCAGCAGCAGCACAGGAGGCGGCUGGAUGUGGCAGGAGACGGGUCACUGAGCUGCAGCGAGCCCGUGUGCGAGUUUCCCCACUGCCCAACUCUCCAAUGUCACCGGGCAGGAUGCUGAUCAUUGGACUUCUGCUCAACGUCUUCUCUCAUGGUAGCGUUCCAGUAUCUGCAUCCUUAGAUUGUCUGGUGGCGGAGCAGGGCUGCAUUCAAGAGCACUCCUGCAUGGUUCUCUACCGGCUGCUGGAGUACUGUGCGGCUGAGGAGGCGGUGUCGCCGCUUGGCCCCAAUGCCCGCCUGGAGUGCCUGGAGGCCCAGAACUCUGUGCAGCAGCACCGCCCCCUGCAAGUUUGCAAGUGUCAGCGCGGCUCUCGCAGGGAGGAGCACUGCCUCAAGGUCUACUGGACCGUGAGAUUUGCAGCAUACGAUGAGUAUGAGGUGUCUCCAUAUGAAGAACUGGAGUUGAAUCUGGUGAGAAACAUUGAGAUGUCGCGCAUGGCCUCCAUCAUGGCAGCUUCCACCCUUUCUGUGGAUGGCCAGAACCAGUGUCUGAAGGCAGCUCAGGACUGUGGCCUGUAUGAAAAGUGUGGCUCCCUGCGGUCAGAAUACGUCGUGGCCUGCACCAAGAGAGCUGCGGCCUCUGAGAACAACUGCAACCGCCAGAAAUGCCACAAAGCCCUGCGGCGCUUCUUGGAGCGCGUACCGGAGGAGUACAGCCUCGCUCUGCUCUUCUGUCCCUGCUCUGACACUCUGUGCGGGGAGCGCCGGAGGAAAACUAUCGUCCCGUCGUGUUCCUAUGAGGAGAAUGUGAAAGGGGAGGAAAGAGCGGGCAAGCCUAACUGCCUCAGCCUGCAGAACUAUUGCUCCAGAGACGAGCUGUGUAGAUCACGGUUUGCUGAUUUCCAACACAACUGCCAGCCCUCCACUCUGUCUGCCUCUGGCUGUAUGCGAGAGAGCAGAGCCAUGUGCUUGAAGGCCUACGCUGGACUCAUAGGAACCAUCAUGACUCCCAACUACGUGAGCAACAGCAGCACGGAAGUGUCCCAGUGGUGCACGUGUGACGGCAGUGGGAACGAAUGGCAGGGCUGUCAGCGCAUCCUGCAUAUGUUCAGCAACAACAUAUGUCUGCGCAACGCCAUCAGCUCGAUGGGAAUCUCGGCGCCUCCCGCUGUGCAGAACACUCCUGUGCCAGCUUCUCAGCCCUCCCCGCGUGUCUACCAGGAGAGGGUCCACGUCAGCGUUAACACUCUCCCAGGAUUCACCAGUAUGGAGGAGAGCGAGGGAGAGGAGCAGGUUGAGGAAGAGAGCGAGGAGUUCAAUGUCAUCCCGCCUUAUUCUGAGAAGGACUCUAACACUGAAUCGAGAACCAGAGGGAGCCAGCGAGGGGAAUCCAGUCGAGCAGCACCUGUGCUGCCAUUACUGCUCCUGACCACACUCAUCCUGGACUGGAAUAGUUGGGGCUACUGAAGCCUCCAUCUCAUCCUCCGCUCAUAUUUUACACUCGCUACCACUUUCAAAUCCAUCACAGCACUCAGAAUGAACCGUAGAGGAAAUUGGUGAGGGAGAAAUGGAAAUGAUCUCUCUUAACUUUUCUCAUUCUUUCAGUUUCUCUUAAAAAUAAUUCUCAUUCUGUUUCUCCUAUCACUGCCUCCUCAAGUGUUGAAAGAUACCAUGUCGUCCUGCAGCAUCUACUGUGUCCUUGCCCCAAAGCCCACGAAAAGGAAGGGAACAAUGUGAGCAGAUAGUUGAGUGCAUGGGUGAAUCGAGAAGUGCUGUCUGGGCAAAAUACUCCAUCUAGAGCCUGCUUCACACUCAAAGUGCAUCCCCUCUUUUAACAAGAAGCACAUUGCCCAAGGCCACAUCCACUAUACGUGCUCCCAAACCCAUAACCAGUCUACUCCUCUGCAAGCGGACCUGAGCACGGCUUUUGAUUUCUAUUUCAUGACUCAUGUCCCAUCCAUUUCUCUGCUGCCCCUUCAGCUCUUUACCUCCUUCACACCGUGGUUGACCAAGAUAAUCCCCUUUACAACAAGCUAAUAAGAAACUGCACCAAACUUACCGCUGCUUCGUAGAACAAAAACAUUCAAUAAAAGUUGAAUGCAUUGUCACAUUAUGCAUAUGAGAGAUCCUAUUCUGUCCCACCCUUUAGUUCUUUAACUUGGUGCACAUAAAAGCUGAGUGCAACACUCACUACACUCGGCUUCUUUUGUUAACCCGCCACUUAGUAUUAUUCCUACAGGGGUAAAUGACUGAGAAUUCCAACCACGGGCAAAAGAACUGAGAUCAAAUUCUAUUCUACUGUAGAAGUGAUGAGCGGAGAAAAGCAACAUAAGCAAUUACAGCACAAUUCAAAUUGCUCAGCAUGCAGGGGAAGUCUGGAGUAAGGCUCAGGGGAGGAGAUAGCCAAUUUACUGCUGUCAUACCCGCUCACUUUUUUAUCCUUAGGAGUUGUGUUUUUAGGGCUCCUUCCCCAUCUAGUGCUUUGGAUGUUGUGAGAGCGGGAUGUGGAGAUAGGGACGGACACAGGAGGCCGUAAAGCCUGCUGGCUGCUCUGAUCAUUGAGCAGCACAUUGAGCCAUUAUCUCUGCCUGAAGUAUCUUUCGCUGAUGUUAAUGAUUUUCUCUCUUAUGGCUCAUUUUCUUGUGAAAUUGCGCAGCUGCAGGGAUGUAGGUAAAGACAAGUGUAGUAAAGUUUUUUUUUUUUUUUUUUAAAGGUGGAUAAACUUUUCUAAUUUGAAGAUAAGUUUGCAAGAAAUAGCCAGAACUGCGUAAGGAAACUUUUCCUCUAUUCAUUUUUAUUCAAAGCUGUUGUUGUGUGUAGUAUUUACAGUGAUGGUGAUGCAGUCCGCUUGCCUUGCCGUCUGCUAACAGUUAUGACCAUUUCCAAAAAACAUAUCACUCAAUUAAAAUCAUUGGUUAACUGUAAAACACAAAAGAGCUCAGCAGAGCCGCAGUUUGAGUGGCAGUGUUUUGAAAUUACAACAAACCUCAGCCAAGCCCCAACAGUCGCCUUAGAUAAAACCACAUUUAUAUAAAACCACAUUUAAAUUCAUUAGGUUCUUAAUUCAGAUCUGCACCAAAUUGCACACUUAUAAAUAUCAGUCCCCUAAAUAAAUAGAUUUCUCUGUUGAUUUUUUUUAUUUUUUUUUGAAAAACAAAAGGUUAAAGAAAAGUAAAAUAUAUGAAAAUUUGAAAACAUAUCCUCAAUGGCAGAGGUUUACUUUUUUUGCCCCCACCACUGGACCGGACUUUUUUAGAUGAUGUUUAAUUGACACAAAUACUGACGUUUUGAUGGGGACUGAAAAGGCACAGAUGCACUGGGAGUCCACACUCAAGCUUGUUCUUUCUUGGACUAGAAUGGAUGCUGGUGGAGGUUACCAGACUUCCAGUGACUCUUACCCACUUCAGGGUGAAAUGACACCAUGCGGCUUUGUGGCCACUCUCGUGCUGAGAGUUUAGCUGCAGGAGGUUAAGAAGUGUAUGACGAAAAGGCCACUUAACAAGGCUCUGAAGUGUGACUGCCAGCUUAGGUAUAGAAAAUACCCUGCAAUGCUAGAGACAAAUAUUUGACUGGUACCCACAUAUAUAUGACGCAUAGCCAGACGACAGAAGAUAAAUAAAGAUGCUACAAAAACAUCAGCUAUCACUGUGGUGCAGCAUCACUAAUUGAAUUAAAUUCAAAUUAGCAGCAUUCAGGGGUAAGUCUCAAUUACUACAUCCAUUACUUACAUCUGGCCUUUGUUUAUAUCUGUAAACUAUGUAAAGUAACAUCAAACAUGCCUUGUAUAAUUUUUUUGGAUGGGUUAAGAAAGAAAAAAAGCAUUUUCUCCAUACACCACUGAAAAUGAACGUGUGAAUAUCCCUAAACUUUUCUUUUUGUUUUUGUUUUUGGUUGUAUCUUGAAAAUCCAGUUGAGAGAAAAUGUCCAGUAAAGUUUCCCACACUGACCUUGUUUUGAAGAUGUAUCCAACAUGCCAAAUAAUGCUGAACACAACGUGUAAUAACUGUGUAAUUUUGUGACAUAGCAGAAAGUGUGCCGGUUUGUUAAAAGAAGAAUAAAAUUCACACUGGAAAUUU